CCAUCAAUCUAUUCAGUGCAGCAGGUGAAUUGCGGCUAUAUUCAGCCUGGUAGUCCACUGGUCAUCAGAACAGCAUGGCCUCCUUCAAAAGUUGGGGCAGCGCUGCGUGCAUUUCUAUAGGAAUCGUACCUCAUCGCUCAAUGUGCUGCCGCCAGAACUUGGUCAGUCGCCGCAGCAGCUGUCCAGAGACAUGCGGCGCAUCUCCAUCGAUACCCUUGGGAUGAUAUCCCCAAAGGGGACCGGUUUCGCCGUUGCAAAGAGGAGGUCGACGCCAUGGUAUCUAGCCAGGCCACGGCUCUUGACAACUUGUGUCUGCUUUGCGACGCUGUACCUGUGGUUGCGUUUUGGAGCGACGACGGUGGUGAUUCCUGACGACUCGUUUGCAUUACUCGAGGAUGAGAGCUUAAGAGAUAUACUGAAUACUACAUUGGGGUUCCAGAAAAUCCUCGUCCUCAACCUCCCCUUCCGCACCGACCGCCGCGACGCCAUGACCCUCUCCGCCGCAACCAGCAACAUUGCCCUCGAGUUCGUCGACGGCGUCACCGGCGACUCGAUCCGACACAGCGCCUAUCCACCUCCGGAGGAAAACAUCAAGCUACCCGCGGGCAUCCGGGGCAGUUGGCGAACCCACAUGAAUGCUCUCCAAAGAGUGGUCGAACAAAACCUAACCACGGCCCUCAUCUUCGAAGACGACGUCGACUGGGACGUGCGCGUGCGCGCCAACCUGCAACGCUUCGCCCUCGCCUCGCGCUUCCUCGCCGAAAACAAGGACGUCCUGUCCGCCGCGGGCUCGCCUUACCGGUCCGCCAUUGAGAAUAGGCCGAAUACCGAGACGCCGGAGACGGGGUUCCAUAUCUUGAGCGAGAAUGGCAUCACGGAGAAGUUGCCCUCGUUGCCGUUGCGGGAGGUGUACAAGAAGGGGAGGGGGAUGAUGGCUGCGCGGAAGAAGACGGGUGGUGCGACAUCCUCCCCCUACGGCGAUCCCGCUGAGUGGGAUAUCCUCUGGAUAGGCCACUGCGGCGCAGGUUUCCCCCGCCACCCUCCCCACCCCAAACCCCAAACCACCACCUCCUCCAUCCUCCUCACCCUCCCCAACGACCCCACCGUCCCCUCCCCCAAACACCUCAAAGCCCACCCCUUCCAAGGCGCCCUCGACCCCCUAGCCUCCGCCUACCCGCCCCACACGCGCGUGUACCACCGCGCCACGGGAGGCGCCCUCUGCACCGUCGCCUACGCCGUGAGCCAGCGCGGCGCCCGACGCCUGCUGCACCAGUUCGGCCUCAAGCACUGGAACAACAUCUUCGACAGCGAGAUGGGGCGGUGGUGCGCGGCCGAAGGGAAGAAGGUGCAAAGGGGGAUGGAGAGGGUGUGUCUGACGAGUCAGCCGCCGAUAUUUGCGCAUCAUCAUCCGAUGGAUGGGGAGAGCGAUAUUGGUGGUUUGGGCGGUGGGUAUGCGACAAAGUAUGAGACCAAGUAUUUGAGGUAUAGUGUGAGGAUGAAUCUUGAGGGGAUUGUGCAGGGGGGAAAGGGGCCGAGGGAGUUGGUGGAUCAGUGGCCGGAUGAGUAG